CUUCAAGCAGGUGUUAUGGAUCUACAGUAUUUCCUGAGCUGGAAAGUUGCCCUGCUGCUUCUCAUGGUGCCAUGUGGGCUCCAGUGUAUGUCAGUGCACAUCCUCACUGAGGAGCCCGUGCAUGCGAUGCCAGACUCCAGUCCGCUUCUGAAAGCUCUGAUCGAGCAUGGACCCCUGGAAGAGGUCUCUGUGGUAACCUGGGAGUGGGAGCCCGAAACUGGAAUCUCCCCCAAGAGAGGCACACUGGCCACGUGCUCUGGCACAAGCCUCAAGUGUGUCGGCACGAGGCCAAACGUCCAUGUGCAUGUGGAUCAGCGGGAGACGACACUUCAGAUUAAUGGAUACAGCGGAGCAGACAGCGGCGUGUACAUUGUGACUGUGACGGAUCACAAAAGAGCCAAAACCACCGCACAAUGCAUCGUCAGGAGAUAUGAGGCAGUGCACCACGUCUCAGUCAGCGUCAACACGUCUCACUCCACGCUGGUUUGCGGCGAGGCCUGGGGCACAGACCCCCACUUCAGCUGGCUCCAUGAAAGAGUCGCCAUCACCGAGACUGUGGGAAGCGUCUCCAAAGAUGGAACGACAUUGUUUGUGACCAAGACUCCCAUCUGUGGCCACUUCACCUGCAUGGUCAGCAACAAGCUGGGCCACAGUUCUGCCACCUACACUGCAGCACCUUGUGAGACAGAGGGCAGAGGGACAACAGUGGCUGUAGUGUGUCCCAUCCUCCUGCUGCUGUUUGGAGGAGUGCUGGCGUUUCUGCUGUUGAGGCGACACCGGCACAACAGAGGAGAGAGGCUGCACGAACUUUUGGAUGACACCAUCUAAAAAAAAACAGGCCAAAGAUACACGUCUGCUACUCAGAGAGGAGAACAGGAAAUGGACUAGAGCGUGAGGCUCGAACUUCAUGUCCUGUGAGCAGUAUGACCUUACACUGCAUUGGAACAAUGUGACGAGCGGCAAAUGAAAAUAAAUCCUAAAAUGGAUAUUAAGCAUGAAGUGCCAGCAAUGUCUUCACACUGCCUCCUGCUGGGCUGCACCUGACACUGUAUUUUGUUUUGUAAGCUUGAUUUUGAAAUGUACCUUUAUAAUAAAACCCCUUCACAGAA